GGCAAAACGUCAAGACGCUCUAUAUAUCACUACCACCACCUUUGAUUGCCUUUGAGCAACAAGAGUAAAAAGUGUCAAGAAAUUAUAACAAAAGCGAAGAAGUAGCCGAAAGGUGAUCAAUUCGAGUCGUUCAUCUUGUUGCAAGCCCCGGAAAAUAUAUCGAGUGCAAAGAAUGUAAACGUCAGCGAGAGCGCUCGCGAUGAAAAAUUGUGUGCGUGCGUGAGUGCGUGUGCAAGUGUGCGUGCGUGCGUGCGUGCGCCUCUGUGUGUGCGCGUGUGCAUGUGUGUGGAAAAGCUUUUACGCCCACCCCGUGUUUCCCCACAGCCCGGAACGAUCCGCAACAAUCGCCCGAGAGAUGGAUGCAGCAGCAGCACCACCACCAGCACCACCGAUCGAUGUUUACGAUGUCAUCAAUCAAAAGGAAUGCGGAAUAUGUCUCACGUUCCGGACGGAGCAGAUCUGCUUCGACAUGUUCAUGCCUAGGGAGGACGACCCGAAGGAGAUGCCGUAUCUGGUCUGGAAGCACGUUGGACUACAGUUUACGCAGGAAACGGGCAAACACUACGUCUGUAGGGACUGUGGGAACGCGGUUUACGAGUUUAAUCGUUUUUACUUGAUGGUACAGAACGUACACCAGGAACGGCAGGCGGCGGUGCUCCAGGUGAAGCAGGAACAGAGCGAGGGAUGUAAUGCUGUGCCGGCUGCCGAAGAAGUGGUACAAGGCGUAAAUCAGAACGGUCAUCACGGGGAGCUGAAAGUGGAGUCAGAGCCCCAGAUGGAUGGUGGAACAGGGCUCAUAUUGCAAGAUGUUCCGGAGUAUACUGCACGACCCGAAGCGAAUGGAAUACCGGGACGACGGGGCCUUGUCGGUGGCAAUGGUAUGGCAGAAAGUUCGGGUGAACAGCAGGGGAUGGCUUCGUACGCGUUGCUGAAUGAUACGGAGCCGGAAAGUAGUCGAAUCCGGCCACCGGUCACCGGUGGCACACCGAGCAGGAAGCGUAAGAAUCAAGAAAUGGACGAAGAAAUUAUUGACUUCUAUAAGCUCGUCUGUGACGUGUGUGAGGAUCGCAUCGAGUACGGUACGAUGAAGGAGCUAAAUCAGCACAUGAAACAGAUGCAUGGCGAGGAAUCGGGACGCGUUUGCUGUCCGCAGUGUGGUAAAAUGUUCCGUACCCGGGUGAAGCUGCUGGAGCACAAGAGUGUACACAUGCGCCAGGACACGACAUCGGAGGACGACGUGGAAAAGCUUCAGUCGGAACAGAUGGACAAAGAAAUACUGGAUUUUUACAAGCGCAUCAGUUGCGAACUGUGUGAAACUGCAACCGGUGCCGGAGCCGGUCCACCAUCCGGUACACUAUACGCGACCGUAAAGGAGCUGAACCACCACAUGCGAUUGGUUCACGGUCAGCAGGCCGGCACCGUGAAAUGUCCGCUCUGUGAAAAGAAGAUACGUACGCGACCGAAGCUGCUCGAACAUAAGCGCAUGCACCAGCCAAACGCUCUGCUGGAGGAGGAUUCUGGCAAAUCGGGAAAUCCCGGCGGUGAGCAAGGUCCCGAGUUGACGGAAGAACAGAAGCAGACGCUAGAUAGAGAAAUAUUCGAUUUCUACAAACCAAUUAUAUGCGAGAUUUGCGACCCGGAAAAGGGCGCAACCGGCCAAGGUGAGGCGACGGCAGUAACAAGCGGCCAGGGAGAAACGGCGGAAGAGGAGUACCGGUCGCUGAAGCAACUUAACCAACACAUGCGGACCGUGCACGGGCUUGAAUCGGGUACGAUCAAGUGUCAGCUGUGCGCCAAAAAGUUUCGCUCGCGGGUGAAGCUGGUCGAGCAUAAGGAUAUGCAUGAAAAUCCGGAACGGUUUCGGUGCGGUGUGUGCCAGGAGGUGCACCAAAACUUGGAGGAGCACAUGCAAAACAAGCACCAGGAGUGGGAGUUUGCUUGCGAAGAGUGUGGCAAGCGGUUUCCUUUUAAGAACAGACUCACUGCCCACAUGGCGAAGGUUCACAUGAAGAAGGACAUCAUCUGCGAGGAAUGUAACAAACCAUUUACCAAGUUCAGCAUCGAAAAACACAAAAAAACGGUUCACGGUGGUGCGAUUUUCAUUUGCGAAAACUGCCCGAAAACAUUCAAGACGCGCGUUUCGCUCGAACGGCACAUGGAGGCCCACAACAACGGGGAGCAGCCAGGAUCUGCUGCCACCGUUAGCUGCUCGCUGUGCAACUCGGUACUGAAGGACGAGUAUAAUCUAAAAGCCCACAUGAAACGAAUUCACGCCGAACAAACGCCGGCCACGUGCAGCACGUGCGGCAAAACGUUCAAAUCGAAGCACAGUCUCAAUACGCACAUCGCGAACGUGUGCACCAAUCGGCAGUUCGGCUGCACGCACUGUGGCAAGCAGUUCAAGAAGCGGACAAAGCUGAAACAACACAUGACGAUUCACGCACGCGGCGCCGACUAAACGAGUUGCGCCGGUUGCUGUAAGGGAGCGAAUUAACAUAAUAAUAUUAUUAUGUAGUAUAGUAUGUACGUUUAGGGAUUGAACUACAACAAUAUUAAAAGUGGACAGAGAAGGCAGGCAGGCAAAAGAGGGGCUAAUUGUUCACUCGUUUGCGCUGCAACCUGGAGAACGACGAUGCGUACCCAACAUGGAGGCGUGUUUGUGAAGCACGUUGGUAAAGUUACGCGGAAUCGCUCCCACUCGUCGGUACUGCACGAGGACAAGUUGAUUAUGCUGAUGGACUCCUAAAGGGGGAAAAAGAACAUAAAAUAAAAUAUUUUUUGUUUUAGCGGCUUA